UAAACGGCAGGGUGAUGUCAAAAAAUCUUCUAGAAGAAAGUGUAUAUUUCAUAGAAAAGUUAAGGUUGUUUUUAUUUGUUUUUAGACAUCUCCGACUUCUAAGGCAAGACAUCUCCGACUACAGCUUUGACGGUUUGACAGAGCUUCAUCUCGGCCAGGCCAAAGUUUCGAGCGACGAGAUAUCUGACAUUCUUCGGAAAAAGCCUCAACUUCGCCUCCUGAAACACUACCAGCUCACGACCGCCUUGUGUCACCUCCACGGCAAAGACUGGAGGACGUCUCCAGGCAUUUUGCCCACUUACAAGCUCAAGAAUAUUGACGCCGAUUUUUCCCAUGUGGUUCGCUGCAGAAUGUCGCCCCACGCUGUUCUUCCUCCGGACGCGCUCAAAUUGGCCGUCGCCCUCUGCCCAGAAGCGACUUCGAUCCGUUUAAGAUUCGACUGUUCGACGCCCCAUCACGUCGUAGGGCCGCUUGUCAAUUUAAAAGCUCUACGAGAGCUAAGCGCAGUCUGCGUGACCAGCGGUGAAAGGACUUUGUUGGACUUCACAGACAUGAUUCCUAUCCUGGAACAGCACGGCCCGAAAACCUUAAACAUGCUUGAGCUCAAGGUAUUGGAAGAAGUGGACCCGCACGUAAUCGGCCACGUUUGCACGCAGCUAGAGAGUUUGACGCUGUCUGGUUGCGGCUACGUGACUCCGCCUACAUGUCAACAAUUCCGUUGUAGGAAAAAAUCAGCGAGGCUCCAACAGCUCAAGUACUUAUUUUAUGCCGACGGAGACGACUUCAGCUGGGACCACAGCUUGCCACAAUGCUUCUGGAGGUCCACGAUGUCCUCUGACAAGAGGUUUAAAAGCUCUCUCGAGUGCGUUUGCCUCGAGUCCCCCAGGAUGACGGUCGACACGUUGAAAGAGAGUUUCGACGACCCCGCGUCUUUCCCUCGGCUCAAGAUAUUGACAGUCUGCAGGGCGCCAGAAAUCGAUUUCGAGACAAUAGAAAGUUUAUCAAGAGUCGCUCCGAACCUCAGCUAUCUGAGGCUGACAUCAUGCGAGAAAAUAAACGCUAGAUUCGGCGCUAGGAUCAAGAAGCUUUAUCCUGACAUCGAAUUGAAAAUAGAUUAAAUACUGAUUUUUUGCUGUAUUUCUGCCUUCUUUGAAGAAUAAAUUGCCAUUUUUUUUAU